AUGCUCUACUUGUUAAAUGACCUUCUCCACCAUGCCAAAUACCACGGUGCCGAUGUCGCCCUUCGCAACAACCUGUCACAAUCUCUCGAGCCAUUCCUGGCUGACCUCUUCCAAUUCGGCGCAUCGGGGGCCAAGACACGCGUGCGGAGACGACUGUCUGAUUUGGUCCAACUAUGGAAAGAAGAGGAGUACUUUGGCAGACAUGUUAUCAAUCAACUGCACGAUGUCUUAGCUGGCACAACCACUGAGACGAAACCGACGCUUGAACCAGAGGCCCAGCGCAAACAGAGAGAUACUGAGCUCCCAUACCUCAUUCCCUCGACGCACGGCGACCCUUCAUUGCCGUUUUACGAUCUCCCAGCUGGUAAUCUGAUGCGUCACAUUGUCCCGAACAGCUCACAGCCGAUACAGCCUGACGAGGUCCGGGCACUCCAGUUUUCUGCGGGCCCCGCAGAUGAGAGCCUAGUCAAUGCACUCAAAGACUUUUUGAACGAUGUCAAGGGCAUUAAGGACACCCUUCCCAACCUCGAAGAGUCCGGAUUGUCUCCAGAGAUUGACGAGAUGGGUCAGAUCUCAUACCAUGAUGAGGCUGGAGAUCUGGUCGGCGAUACAUAUUAUGGAUGGUCUCGAAACGUGCUAGGAGGGGUUCUGAUGACUCCUCUCGACGGACGAGAUCAAGAAGCUCGGAUCGCAGUCGAAGUGCGACACCUCACAAGCGCAGACGUCGCAGCAAUUCGACCAAUGGACGUUCCGGAUCCUCAAGGUCGUAUAGCAGGUCACCUCGCAGACGCACCUCAGAUAGACUAG